AGUAAGCUAGCUAGCCAGCUUAGCCUAUUUGAGAACGUCUAAACAGCCUUCAGGGGCUUUAAAACUACUGCUAAAAUGUUUGCGAGUUUGAAAAUUAUCUGCCCCAGAAGGCACUGACAAGGUUGUGGGACAAGUUAGUCAAGUAAAAGUUCGUUUUGUUGACGGUACCUGCGAAACGAAACGUCAGCAUUGAUUGACAGCUGUGCGGACCAAUUAGAGCGGGAGGAGGGGUCUCAAGUCACUGAGACCGUAAUAUAUUCACUUUGUUUUUUCCCCAAUGCAGUUUUUGAAGAAAAAAAUACCUUAGUAGUUCAUAUUAUAACUUUCAAAAUAUAUUUUUUUCUGCAAUAUUUCAACUUUAUGCAACUAAAAUGACGAGCUGGCAGCUGAGCGCCGAGGAGGAGAUGGUGGAGAAGUUCCUGGACGCGGCGUCCAGAGGAGACGCCGCUCAGGUGUCCUCGCUGCUGUCUCACGUCCCCUCGCUACUCAACCGGGCGGGGCGGAGCGGCUGGACGGCGCUGAUGCUGGCCGCCCGCAACGGCCAUCAGCAGGCGGCGGAGGUGCUGCUGUCACACGGCUGCGACAGGUGGGCGGUGAACAGCUCUUCACAGACCGCCUACGACGUCGCUCGCUUCUGGGGGCACAAGCACAUGUCGGUCCUGCUGGGCGGGCCCCAGGACCACCCCGGCCCGCAUGAGAACUACUUCAGCCGCGAGACGCUGGACCGCUUCAGCGCCAAGAGGACCGACGCCGCUUGGCUAGAGGCCAAGAAGACGCACCCCGACUCGGUCUUCCUCCUCUUCUCUGGUCUCAGUCCCAUGGUCGGCGCCCCCCGGGAAGAUGGCGCCGUGGAGCUGUGUCGCCUCAACUACGACGCCGUCAAAGAUCUUCUCCAGAGGGAGGACGCCCUGGUGGUCUUCCUGGGGGUGGAGCGAAGCAAAGCCGAAGCGCCCGCCUGGUUCGCCAUCGGUACAGACGAGGACGCCGCCGCGCUCCUUCAACGCUGCUCCGGAAGGAAGUGCUCCUUCCCGAAGUUGCCCCGCAGAGACCUGCUGACGCUCAGCGAGGAAGACGCCGGCGUGCUGGCGCCCGCCCGGUCGCUGCUGGCGUGGCACGCCCGCUACGCCUUCUGUCCCACCUGUGGGAGCGCCACCCGGGCCGAGGAGGGCGGCCACAAGAGGAGCUGCCGGGACUCCGCCUGCAAGAGCCUGCAGGGGGUUCACAACACCUGCUACCCCCGCGUUGGUACCCGGCCCCGCUUCACAGUCUUUGCACACCCCCGUGACACGAUUGACCGCCAGUGUGUUUCAGACCCGGUGGUCAUCAUGCUGGUCGUCCAUCCGGACGGAAACCAGUGUCUGCUGGGCCGGAAGAACGUCUUUCCCAAGGGAAUGUUCUCCUGCCUGGCCGGAUUUGUUGAGCCCGGUGAGACGCUGGAGGCGGCGGUGAGGCGGGAAGUGGAGGAGGAAAGCGGCGUGAGGGCGGGGGCGGUCCGCUACGUGUCGUGCCAACCGUGGCCCAUGCCCUCGCAGCUCAUGAUUGGCUGCCUGGCCGUCGCCGUGACGACAGACGUCAGGGUGGACCACCAGGAGAUUGAGGAUGCACGAUGGUUCCCGCGGCAACAGGUGACGGAGGCGCUGCUCAGAGGGUCCGGCGGGGGCCUCGUCCUCCCUCCCAAACAGACCAUCGCCCACCAGCUCAUACGACACUGGAUCGGCUCCAGCGCCAACCUGUGACCCCCCAGGGCAGAGGAAGAUGACGUGUCUAUUUAGUGACUGGAAUGUGGCAUAGACAGUAGCUGUCAUUCUUACCAAUGGUGAUCUAUUGCUGACAUCUCCAAUAAAUGACUGAGCAUUAGCUGUCUGCAGUUCACCUCGUCCACCGCCGGGGGGCGCUGUUAGUCCCUCUGAAGAUCACAGCGGGUCUCCUAAUGCACACAAAGUGUCAUUAGUAUCACUAACACUUACUGCUUCAGUGAAGAUGGCGUCGUGGUCACAGGAAGUAGAUCGUUGUGGACAGGAAGUCAAACACUAGAAAAUAGCAAAAAAACAAAUGUUUAAUAUUUUCUUCUUCAUCAGCCAAAGUAAUAUUUUCUCUCUGCUUCU